CUGCAAUUUGACCCAUGUGAGUUUCUCUCUCUUCCUCUUUCUCUCUCUUCUACUUCUGUUGGUGAAGGACUGAAAAAUGGAGACAAUUUCACAACCAUGAUAUUACUGGCUAGGAACGUGCAAGUUCUUAGACCUGAUUUUUCAUCCCAAGAUGUCACGUUGAGCUAGUAUCAAUUAUAUAGAUGGAGGUGAAAACAGAAAGAAGUAGACCAAUUGCAGUAUUUAUGGCCUUUGGCACAAAGGGUGAUGUCUACCCUAUUGCUGCAGUAGCUGCAGCCUUUGCCUGUGAUCAAUGGAACUAUGAAGUGAUUUUCAUCAGUCACGCUGCCCAUCAGGAUUUAUCUGCACACUUGGCUGAAAGCAAUAUAAGAUACACUCCUGUUUCUUCUCCACCAGUUCUUCCUCCUCCAGAAAGUGAUGAGAAUGAAAAGUCUGUCGCUCUGUCGUUUUGUAGCCAGAAACAUAUCAUGACCAAGGAACAUAGACGAGAGUGUCUAUCCAUUAUGGAAAGCAUCUUUGGAGAUGGGCUAAACAUUGAGGGUGAUUUUGUUUCAAUUAAUUUUUUUGCAUUGGAAGGAUGGAGUCUUGCUGAACAGUUUCAUGUUCGGUGUGUUGUUGCAGCUCCCUAUGUUGUAAACUAUACAGCCCCUUCUUCAUUUCAGAGGCAGUUCAGAAGAGAACUUCCACUUCUUUAUCAAUACCUUCAAGAGGCUCCUUGUGGUAAACUCGGCUGGAAAGAUGUGAUUCAUUGGAUGUGGCCACUUUUCUCCGAAGAUUGGGGAUCGUGGAGGAGGGAUGAACUGUAUCUUAGCCCUUUGCUUUUUACAGACCCAGUGACAGGCCAUCCUAUGUGGCAUGAAAGGCCUUCAUCUCCUUUACUAUUGUACGGAUUCAGCAGAGAGGUUGUUGAAUGUCCUGAUUAUUGGCCUUCAAACUCUCGUGUUUCUGGGUUUUGGUUUCUCCCAUCCAGGUGGCAGUUUUCAUGCAGCAACUGCCAAUAUAUAUUUGAUUCAAGGAGUGAACUCUGCUCAAAUCAUACAGGGUUGUACAGAUUUCUUACUGCUAAUCAGUCAACGCCUCUUGUUUUCGUCGGUUUGAGUUCAGCUGGGAAUAUGGGUUUCAUAAAAAAUCCUAAAGCAUUACUUUGCAUCUUACAAGCUGCUGUUGAAAAGACAAAAUGUAGGUUCAUUCUUCUGACAGCUGGACAUGCACCAUUGGAUAAGGCUCUGCAAGUUGCUGCUGAUACGGGUUCAUCAGUUUUAAGUAAUGGGAUUUCUCUGUGCAAUGGGAAUUUAUUUUGCUUUUCUGGAUCCAUUCCCUACAGUUGGCUCUUCAAAAAAUGCGCUAUUGCUAUCCAUCAUGGUGGUAGUGGAUCCACUGCAGCAGCAUUGAGAGCUGGGAUACCCCAAGUUGUGUGUCCCUUUAUGCUAGAUCAGUUUUACUGGGCUGAAAGGAUGUGCUGGCUUGGAGUAGCUCCAGAACCCUUGAGAAGAAAUCAAUUGCUUCCCGAUAAUUAUGAUGACGUGGGCAUCAGGCAAAGUGCUCACAUGUUAGAGAAUGCUAUAAUUCGUGCUCUUAGUCCUGAUAUGAAAGCACGUGCUAAAGAUAUUUCUGAGAAAAUUUCUCAGGAGAAUGGAGUCUUAGAAGCUGUCAGGAUUCUCAAGGAAGAAAUUGGUUAAUGGUUAUACUGCAAGUGAUGAAAUUCGGUACUUCUUAUCUGUCUAGUCUCCUAAAAGCAUAUAAUGUGGAUAAUGAUCGAGAUUAGAAGCCUGUUUUUCACUCAUCAGCUAGGAGGUGGAGAAUCAUUAUUCAUUGUACACAAACACUAGAAAACACAACGAACAGAAACUCACUUCGACGAAACAGUCAUGAAAGAGCAAGCGCAGAAGUUUCCCAGGAAUAGUAGGGUCAGUAGAAGCUGCUGAUCUCACAGUAUCUCUAACUAUGAACUCUACACCAGGACAUGAAAAUGCAUAGAAUUCCAUGGAAAACCCAUGAGUAAAAGAAGGAAAUCCUAACACAAAUAUUAGCAAAACAUGAAACAAAGUUGUUUUCUGAAGGGUUGAUGGGUAGGAGGUUGAUGGAAGAGUUUUAUUAAGAGACUGACAGAUUGAGAAAAAGGUUGUGGUGAGCUCUUUGUUUCUCUGUAUUAAGAGCUGGCAAGAAUUUAUGGUGGGUUUUUUUCAUUCAUUCCAAUGCUGUACAAGUUGUGUUACUACUGUGAGGUCCAACUACCCUAACUAAUACUGCUAUAUGUGUGUAUAUGCAUACAUCUCUUUUAUGAUGAGUGAAAAAAAGCAUGAUUUUGGGGUUUUUGAUGUUAAAAGUUCAUGGUUUUUGUUUCUA